AUGACUGCUGGCAUUGCCAAUGAAUACUUCUUCAACUUCAUCUUCAGCUUCACCUUCGCUUCAUCGACCUCUCUCUAUCUCUCUCUCGCUUACCUGAGAUUAAGUGAAUUGCUUUUUCCGCUCGACUGGCUGGUCAUCCCUCCAUCCACGGCCACGGUGUAA